AUGUUAAACUUACUUCGAGCUACAAAACUAAAAUGUCAUUGCUCCAAAGGGUCCUUUCUUGGUCCCAACAAAAGCCUUCAUUCAAACUCUUUGACCGCAAAUCUUGAACUAUUAUUAAGAAGUAGAACUGAAACUAAAAUUCGAUCAAACUUCAUUAAUAAAGAAAACAAUCAACUCUAUAAAUUUUCACAAUUGAAUUCCUCACGUAUUUUUGGUUAUGGUUUUUCGUCACGUCUUAAUUAUUCUACCGUGACAGAUACAUUGCCGGAGCAAUCUUUUGAUCAUCUUAUUCUAUCACAACCUUCGUACGGAAAAGAUGGAAAAUUUUUUCAUGGACAAUUCAAUGAACAGCUUGUUUUGCUAUACGCUUGUCUUCAAUCGCGUCUGAUGGAUAGAGCUAUGCGCAUUUUUAAGAAUUUGUACAAAAACAGUUCAGAAGACCAGAAAAAUAAUAUUUUGGAUAUUAAUGUGCACAAUGCAAUACUUUUGGCCUUUACAAGCGAACCAUUUAACGAAAAAUAUGUUGCCGAUGCACUGCGGUGGUAUGAUGAUCUAAGAAAAAAAUAUAAAGUCAAACCUAAUUUAAUGACAUUUUCAAUAAUUAUAAAGGGGGUUUUGAGAGAUCCAGCGAGAAGGGAAUCUUAUGUGAAAGUGUAUGUCGAGGAGAUGCAACAUUAUAACCUCACCGUUGAAGAUUUGCUGAAGUCUUCCCAUCUCAAUAACAAAGAACUAAAAAUGCUGACCGAGGUCAUAGAUUUUAAUAACUAUGGAAUCAAAUUGGAAUCUUUGCCAGUUGAACUUAUGCAAGAGAUCAAAAGCGAAAUUGAUCUGUCUAAACCCGAUGAACCUGAAGAAUCUCUUCCCGAUCCAAUUCUUAUGGACGACGCUAUUGGGGUAAAACUCAUGAAAAAUUCUCUAGAAGCGUUGAAAGACAAGACUGAUCCAAUGACGCGACAGAUGAAACUUGAAGCAAACGCGUAUCAAGCAGCGAUUGAACGGUGGAAAUAUGAUAAAGAGAGAUUUAAAGAUAUGGCCACAGUCAAACGUAUAUCACCACUUAGACAAUUUAUGUGGAACUGGCACUCUGAAUUAAUGCCAUUAAUCCAAGAAGAACAAAAGAGGGUUGAUAAACUUACAAAAAAAUCCUCACAUGAUGCUACUCAAUCUAACAAGGGAGAAGUCUUAGCCGCGAUGCGUACUCCCAGAAAAUUCCAGCUCGAAAAAGAAGAGGAAAACAUAAUUAAUGAUCGUACAAAAUAUGGCCCAUAUUUCCUAAAACUUAGUCCUGAAAAGCUUUCCGCUAUUACUAUUAUUGAAAUUUUGCGACUUCAAGGCUCUGGUGGGAUUCGUGAUGGAAUGAAAUCGGCGUCCGCUUUGUUAGCAGUUGGUAAGGCAGUUGAAGCUGAAUACAAUUCGGAAAUGAUGAAGAAAAAACUAAAUCGGAAUAUACUAGGUCGAUUUGUUAACAUUCAAGAGUUGUACCAAGAUGGCAAGCUUUUCCAAAUGGCUGUCAGACGAGCACAAGCGAAAAUAGAACAAGAAGAAAUCGAAUCAGAAUGGAAACCAAUAUGGCCACCUUCUGUCGCUGUUCAAAGAGCGGAUGCAAACGGCGAACAAAUUCAGGAAUAUGUUUCUGCCUUUACUCAUAAUUAUCGGUAUAUUAAUGGCAAACAAGUUGGUGUAAUUCGACUUCGUGAUGUCUUAGUGGAAAUGUUGUCCUCCGAGAAUAUAAAUGAAACUAUUCAUCCCCGAAUGUUGCCAAUGUUAGUUCUUCCCAAGCCUUGGUUGACGUAUAAUAGUGGUGGUUAUUAUACAUCUCAAAGUGAUGCGAUGAGAAUCAAAAAUAGUCAUGAGCAAUUUGAAUAUUUGAGAGAAGCAUCAAAAUCAGAACGUCUUGAUCUGGUAUUUGCCGGUUUAGACGUUCUGGGAUCCACAAAAUGGGCUAUUAAUAAAAACGUUUAUAAGGUGGUUCUCGAAGUGUGGAAUAGCGGAAAAAGUCUUGGCGGAAUCCCUCCAAUUGAAUUUGAAGGUCCAGAACCAAAAAUGAAGCAGGUUAAUACUAAGAAAGAAAGAGAGGAAUCCGAACGUGAAUUUAGGAGAGCAAUGAAAGAACAUCAUAUCAGAAAAACAAAUAACCGUUCUGAGCGGUGUUCGGUAAACUAUAAAGUACAAAUUGCUGGCGCGUUUCUCAACGAAGCAUUAUAUUUUCCACAUAAUUUGGAUUUCCGAGGACGUGCCUAUGCAAUACCACCUCAUUUUAACCAUUUAGGGGAUGAUCUUUGUCGUGGUCUCUUACUUUUUCACGAUGGCAAACCUUUAGGGGCAGAAGGUUUUAGAUGGCUCAAAGUUCAUCUCUCCAAUUUGUGUGGUGUAGAUAAGGUAUCUUUAGAAGAUAGAGUAAAAUACGCAGAAGAAAACAUAGAUAAUAUUUUAGAUUCAGCAAAUAAUCCACUCAUCGGUAAAAGAUGGUGGCUUAAUGCUGAAGAUCCUUGGCAAUGCCUCGCCACGUGUUUUGAGAUCGCAGAAGCUCACAAAUCUGGAAAUCCAGAAAAUUAUGUCUCACGAAUUCCCGUCCAUCAAGAUGGUACAUGUAAUGGAUUACAACAUUAUGCGGCUCUUGGAGGUGAUCCGGAAGGUGCAAAACAAGUCAAUUUACAAAAUUCAGAUACAGGGAAACCUGCUGAUAUUUAUACUGGAGUAGCCGAACGAGUAACUGCAAUGAUCAAAGAAGACGCAAAGAAAGGAGAUCCUCUUGCAGAAAUAGCACAAAACAUUAUCAAUCGUAAGCUUGUAAAACAAACAGUUAUGACUAAUGUUUAUGGCGUGACCUUUGUAGGUGCACGUACUCAAAUUGAAAAUCGGUUGAAAGAACGUGGCGAUAUUAAUCCAGAAAAACUUCGUUCGCUUUCUGCAUAUAUAACAAAGCAAGUCUUUUUAAGUUUGCGUGAAUUAUUUACGCGCGCUCGAGAAAUUCAGGAUUGGUUGACGGAAAGCGCUAGGAGAAUCUCAAAGAGUAUGCCAAUAGAGAAGGUUAAAGAAUUAGAUGAGGCUAAAAAGCAACAGAUGAAGAAGAUUUCUGAACAUGAAGCUAAAGAAUUAGAUAAGACUAAAGAACAGCCGAGGAAGAUUCCUGAACAUGAAGUUAAAGAAUUGGAUGAGACUAAAAAACAACUUAUGAAGAUUUCUGAACAUGAAGUUAAAGAAUUGGAUGCGACCAAAAAACAACCGAUGAAAGAAUUAGACGAGACUAAAAAGCAGCUGAUGAAGAUUUCUGAACAAGAAGCCAGAUAUGAUCAAGUUACCUCUGUUAUAUGGACCACACCUUUACAGUUAACAAUCGUCCAACCAUACAGAAAACUGGGCAAACAACCAAUCAAAACUAAUCUUCAAUCAAUUACUGUUGAAAAUCCAGAUAAACAAAGCCCGGUGAACAGUAUGAAGCAGGCCGCUGCGUUUCCUCCAAAUUUUAUUCAUUCACUGGAUGCGACACACAUGCUUAUGUCUGCUCUUGCAUGUAAAUCAGCAAGUCUCACUUUUGCAUCCGUUCAUGACAGUUAUUGGACCCAUGCAUGUGACAUACCAAAAAUGAGCAAAAUUCUACGGGAAGAAUUUGUUAAAUUACACACUAAACCUAUAAUGUCGGAUUUGCAAGAUGAAUUUAUGAAAAGAUAUCGCGAUCACAUCACUAAAAGAUCAAUGGAUGUUGACGAAUACCAAGAAUUCAGAAAGAAGCAUGAAGGAAAUGUUUUCCUUGAAGAGAUAAUAGAAUCCGAUUCGCUGUUUGAUUUCAGUCAAGAGCUCGAAUCAUUAUUAAACGAGAAAGGAAAAAAAGAAGCUGAUCGAGAAUUAGCAGAAACAUAUUCAAUUGAUAACAGCUUUAGGCUCGAAGAUGAAGAUUUCGAUGAUUUCGAUGUUGACGAAGAUGGUUUAAAUGAUAACGAAAAUAGCUUGGAUGAUGACAAAAAUGAAUUAUUCGACUUUGAAAAAUUAGAGACGCAAAAAAUGGGUAAUGAUAACGUUAACGAAACCAAGGACAAUUUAGACAAAAACUUUUCUACACUAAUACCACCAUCUUCUGAGGCAACCACAGCAGAUGAAACCACAACAGAUAAAGAGAAAACAAAGAAAAAAAAUUAUAAAAUUUUUCAACUAUUGACAUUUCCCUCAUUACCUCCAAAAGGAGAAUUCUCAGUUACCCAGAUGUACCCUAUAAACGAUAAGUCAUAUCGAACACAAUAUUUGAAUCAAGUGCACCAGGAUGCUUUUUUGAUAGGAACGUCUCGAAACGUUUCAACUAUAGAAUUAUCCUUGACACAUUCAAAUUUUAAUUCUUCCCCAUUCCAACCAGUAAAGCCCUUGUCUCCUUUUAAUCUUUAUACACCGUCCACAAUGUUUAUACAUGAUGCUGCAACAAAUUCAACACCUGACGAAUUAUUGGAAGAGCUCUCUGUCUCUGACUCAUCAAAACCUAUAAUCCAAAUAUCUCGCUCUUCCGAUGAUACUAGCAGUAGUCCUGAACUUAAUAAUUUCGAGGAAGUAUCUUUAGAAGAUGUAAACGGAAGUUCAAAAACUCCAAUUUCAGAAGUAGAAAAGAAAGAAAAGAAAAGGCCCAAACUUUUUUCCAUAGUUAUAAGUAAAGCAUCACCACCUUCUUCCACUACCUCUUCACCUCACUCGCCGUCAACUCCUCCAAAAAUAAAUAUGGCUUUAGAUCUUACAAAUGACUCUGAGAUUCAACUUGGUGAUAAUUCACUGCGUAGACAAUCCUCUGGACCUUUUUAUAGUGUGCCAAUGACUCCACUAAUAUCUUUAAAAAACCUAGCUGACACUUCAAAAAGGCUUUCAGCGGAUGACAGAUUUAUAUCACGAAAGGCUACCGCAUUUCCUGCUGGAUCCAAAUCCAAAUCCAAAUCUCUUUCAAAUGUAACCACUUCUGAAUCCGAAUUUUAUGAUAAAAAAUUAAAAAGGACUCAUAGUCAGAGUAGGUUCUUUACGUGGGGCUCAGCAAAUCUGCACCCUUUAGAUGUCUAUAUAUCUAAAACGCGUCAGAGAGAUCUUCCACCUAAAUCACUAAAAGAAGAGAAGCGUCACAUGCAAGAACAUGAAAAUAUGAUGCGUAGAGCAAAGCAAGCAGAAAUGAAAAAGCUCCAACGAGAACAAAAGAAAAAACAACAACGAGAUAAGCAAUAUCAAUCAGCUCUUACUGCAUGGGAGAUUGACAUAAUACCUAAUUGGCAAGUCGCACGACAUGAAAAGACUACACGAGAUUUAUGGUGGAAAGGAAUUCCGCCAAGAUGUCGGAGCAAGGUUUGGUCGAUGUGUAUAGGAAACCCAUUAUCUGUAAGUAAAGCUACUUAUGAUAUAUGUUUAGACAGAGCAUUUAAAGCAAAAAGUGAAUCAAGUGACGGUCUCGAGUCACCUACACGUAGAGAAUCAUCGCAUAAUAUGGUCAAUCUGUUUGAAUUAAUUGAAAAUGAAAUUUCUGAGACUCUUCCAGCUCUUGGAUUAUUCCAGACUGAAGGACCACUCUGUAAUAGUUUACGCAGUGUGCUGGAGGCCUAUACUUUUUAUCGCACAAAUACUGGUUAUGUGAAGGGCUUAAAUAAUGUAGCAGCAAUGUUAUUAUUAAAUAUGGACGUUAUUACUACUUUUGCAUGCAUGGUCAAUUUGUCUCAUAGGCCCUGUCUUUCUGCGUUUUUUGAAAAGGAUGAAUUAAAAAUUCAAGGUUACCUUCGAAUAUUUUCUAUUUUAUUUAAAACUAGUAUCCCAAAGUUGUAUGAACACUUUAAAUCGCUUGGAAUUUAUCCUUCAGUAUUUAUUCCAAAUUGGUUCAUAACAAUGUUUACUUGUUAUUUACCGCUUGAAAUUGCCAGUCGAUUUUGGGAUUGUUACUUUUUAUAUGGUGACAUUUUUCUAUUUCGGGCAGCAUUGGGUAUAUUGUUUUCUUUGGAAGGAAAACUAUAUGGUUCUAAAGAUGAAAUAAUAGGAGCUUUACUUGCUGAGCCGUUCAAUUGUAUUGGCAUUGACAAAAUUUUUGAUCAUAUUGAACAGGUUAAACUAUAUGAAGAAUUCUUUCGGCAAUUAGUAGUAAAGGAGGUACCACCUUAG